AGAUCCCUUCUGUGUAUUAUGGGUAGCAUAAGCAUAACAAAUUAUUGACAGUGGUGCGCGGCAAGCCUACGGAUAAACGUUUCGUUCUAUCCGUGCAUUUUUAUUCUAAAGAUCGAAUCGUAGAAUUUUAAAAGGUUUAUUAGUGAUUAUGGCAGUUCCGCUCGCUUGUACGCGUUUCAGCGAUAAUUACGAUCUUAAAGAAGAACUAGGAAAAGGUGCAUUUUCUGUAGUAAGACGAUGUGUACAAAAAUCUACAGGAUUGGAGUUUGCCGCUAAAAUUAUAAAUACAAAAAAACUAUCAGCUAGAGAUUUCCAAAAAUUAGAACGAGAAGCUAGAAUAUGUAGGAAACUUCAGCAUCCAAAUAUAGUGAGAUUACAUGACAGUAUCCAAGAAGAAAAUUUCCAUUACUUAGUAUUCGACUUGGUUACCGGUGGUGAAUUAUUUGAAGAUAUAGUGGCCAGAGAAUUUUAUUCAGAAGCUGAUGCUUCGCAUUGUAUACAACAAAUAUUAGAAUCAGUCAACCAUUGUCACCAAAAUGGUGUAGUUCAUAGAGAUCUUAAGCCUGAAAACUUAUUAUUAGCUAGCAAACAGAAAGGCGCUGCGGUAAAAUUAGCAGAUUUUGGUUUAGCGAUUGAAGUUCAGGGCGAACAACAAGCGUGGUUUGGAUUUGCAGGAACGCCAGGAUAUCUGUCACCGGAGGUGUUGAAAAAGGAACCAUACGGAAAACCAGUGGACAUAUGGGCGUGUGGUGUUAUUCUAUAUAUACUGCUUGUAGGUUAUCCACCCUUCUGGGACGAAGAUCAACAUCGGUUGUACGCACAAAUCAAAGCCGGAGCUUACGACUAUCCGAGUCCAGAAUGGGAUACUGUGACGCCGGAAGCGAAGAAUCUCAUUAAUCAAAUGUUGACAGUGAAUCCAGCGAAAAGAAUUACGGCUGCAGAAGCUCUGAAACACCCAUGGAUAUGCCAAAGGGAACGUGUUGCUUCUGUUGUUCACCGACAAGAAACGGUCGAUUGUCUCAAGAAAUUCAAUGCUCGACGUAAACUCAAGGGUGCUAUCCUUACUACUAUGCUGGCUACUCGCAAUUUUUCAAGUAGGAGUAUAAUCGUGAAGAAGGGAGAAGGAUCUCAAGUGAAAGAAUCAACAGACAGCUCUACAACUUUGGAAGACGACGACAUCAAAGAAGAUAAGAAAGGUGGUGUCGACAGAAGUUCGACGGUUAUAGCCAAAGAUCCCGAAGGUCCUGGAACUCCUCCUCAAUCACCACGAAUAGCACCUGCAUCUUCUGGUUCUCCUUCUAGUUCCAUAUCAACUUCAACACCUAAUCCAAGGCCUAACGCCUUAAAUGUAGGUCAAGCUUUAUUGCAAGGCAUUCAAGCUCGACGACAAGAAAUAAUUAAGAUGACUGAACAGCUAAUAGAAGCUAUCAAUACAGGAGACUUUGAAGCUUACACCAAAAUAUGUGACCCACACCUUACUGCAUUCGAACCAGAAGCUAUGGGAAAUCUAGUAGAAGGGAUGGAUUUCCAUAAAUUCUAUUUUGAUAAUGUUUUGGGAAAGAACUGCAAAGCUGUAAAUACGACAAUUUUGAAUCCUCAUGUACAUUUAUUGGGCGAAGACGCUGCUUGCAUAGCCUACGUUAGAUUAACGCAAUACAUGGAUAAACAUGGUCAAGCACAUACUCAUCAGUCAGAAGAAAGUCGUGUAUGGCAUAAGCGAGAUAACAAAUGGCAGAAUGUUCAUUUUCAUCGUAGCGGCGGCAAUGGAGGAGCAGCUUUCGGCUUUAGUUUACAUAAAUAGAACUGCUGAGUCUUUUAUAUGAAAUUUGCUUAACAAAAUUCAUAAUAGACUAUGAUGUUUCAAUGUGAGAUUCUCAAUGGUGAUGUGUGAAAUUUGUUAUGUUUCUUCGUACUUAAGGACGUAGUACUUUGUUUUUCACACGCAGCUAUAUUUGACUUUACCAAAAAACUAUUUGAUAUACAUUAAUAUAGGAGCAAAGAAAUAUUCAAUAUGAAUUUAUAGAUGGUUAUUAAAUAAAGACACAAAGUGAUAUAACGUAAUAACUUUGUAAAAAUAAAGCAAUAGGCAUUUAAGAAAAUUAAAGGGAAUCUAUCGUUAAGUUUAAAGGAGGUAAAGUAGAUAGCUUGUUGAAAGAUUUGCGUGUAGAAUCUGCUUAUUUGUGCUCAACUUUCAAAGUAUGAUAUGUAAGUUUUAAACUGAAUUAGAAGGCACUGAAAUAUUAUAGUUGUGUACCAAGUUGGACAAAAAAUUUUUUAUCGGGCAAAAAAGAUGACUAAAAUUCCAUUAUUUCUCUCAAUUUAUAGCUAAAUAUAAAAUCUUGAUGAAAUUAAAAAAAAUUCCAUUAUUUCUGUUUGAAUCAACCAGUAAAAAUGUUUGUAAGAGAGAGUUUGUAAUCGACUAGAAAUGAUAAAUUCUAUGUAAUCCCAAAAAUGUUUUAUUAUUCUUUUUACUAUAGAUUUAAAGGAUUAAUGAUUAAAAAAUGAAAAUCUCGAAAACAUAAAAUUAUAUGAAGAAAAAUGUAGAGGAAAAUGUAUCAAAUAACUCAAUUUUAUAGCUUAGCUGCGUGCUAUAUUGAAAAAGUUUAAAAUGUGGAUUUUCCACGUUCUUGUGUUUUUAAUUGUAUCUACAAAAUCUAAUAAAUAAUCUCGAUAUGUUUUUUCUAAUUUCUAAUUAUUUGAAAAAAAAUCCAAUUAGUUAAAUUUAAGAAGCCUAGUUUUUAUUUCUGACCAGAAUAACACCUGCUCCCGAAAAAGGCAGGCCUGUGGUUGGUUUUGAACACACAAUUACACUGUAUAACACCCGUUUCGAAAACCUUCAAUCUUCAAAGAUUGAAAGCAAAUUGUAUGCAGUAUGCAUUACUUUACAUUAGGAGGUGGAUAAUCAAUGGCAGAUUAAUAUUUAAUAUUGCCUUUGAAUGAUGAGGAAAAAUUUUUAAUUUGAUUCUAUUUAACCGAAAAACAAAGUUUUUCCAAAUUAGACAUUUUCUUAUACUAACAAAAAUAAUUUUUUGAUAAAUUAUAAUCUUUUUAUAUAUUGAUAAAAAAUAUUUCAAACUUGUUGCAACUAAAUAAGAAUUUACUAUGACCCAAGAACAGAUAAUUUCAUUUGGAAGUCAAUAAAAAAUUCAAGAAAGCCCAGGAUAGCAGCCGCGCCUGUACGAAAAAACGAACAGUAGGCUAGAAGGAACAAAGUAAAAGCAGAUUUAUUUGCAAAUCAUCUCGCUACAGUCUUCUAGCCACUAAGUCACGAAAUAGAUCAAGAAGUAGAGAAAAACUUAGCAAAUACAACAAAACGCAAGAAGCCCCAUGAAAGCAUUGACUCCAAAAGAAGUGUACAAUGAAAUAAAAUUAGUAAACCCGAAAAAAGCACCGGGCUCCGACCUAAUAACCGCGAAAAUGCUGAAAGAAUUGCCACAAAAUGGGGUAGUCAUGCUAAAUUACUUUUUCAACGCAAGUCUUGAGACUCGGAUACUGGCCAAAAUCAUAUAAAGCUGUACAGAUCAUAUUGAUUGGUAAACCAGGCAAAGACCCGACCAACGUGUCAUCUUACCGUCCAAUAAGCCUUCUACCUACAAUAUCCAAACUCCUUGAAAAGUUAUUCCUACAUAGAUUCACUGAAGACUUCCUCCACAGGAAUGGAUUCAUUACCAUCAAUUUGGAUUCCGACAAAAAUAUUCGACAGUGCAACAAGUCCACCGACUCACGCAGAAAAUAAAUAAAAGCCCUCGAAAACAAAGAAUACUGCAUUGCUGUUUUCCUUGAUAUCGGACAGGCUUUUGACUGAGUAUGACAUCAAGGGCUGCUGUACAAAAUUAAACAAACUCUCCCCCCAAACUAUUACCCACUACUGAAAUCUUACCUAGCCAACAGAACCUUACAAACAAAAGUUACUACUACUGAUCAUGAACCACAAACAGCAACAGAAAACGUUCAGGCUCAUCUUAACCAAGUGCAGGAGUGUCUACAAAAAUGGAGGAUUAAAUUUAAUGAAACCAAAUCAAUAAAUGUAGCAUUCACGCUACGUAAGGGUACAUGUUCGCCAGUUAAGUUAAACAAAACGGAAAUAUCAUAAGCAGAUAGUGCUAAAUACUUACGAAUCCACCUAGACAAAAAACUGAACUGGAAUCAACAAAUCACAAGAAAAGGAAAACAACUUGAUAUAAAAGCAAGAGAACUACAUUGGUUGAUAGGUACAAAAUACAAAGUCUCACUUGAAAACAAAAUCCUUAUCUACAAAUUUGUCAAGCCUAUAUGGACAUAUGGAAUAGAGCUGUGGGGCUAGGCUUCCAAAGCUAAUAUAAAUAUUAUUUAGAGACUCCAAUCUAAAAUACUCCGUUAACUAGUAGAUGCUCCAUGAUAUGUAAUAAAUCACACCAUUCACGUGGACCUGGGAGUGCCCGCUGUAUAAGAAUUUAUCCAAGGAUUAUCAAACACCAUAAAAGUAUAGAAACCCACCCAAAUCCACUACUAGAGGAGUGAGCCAAGAAACGCGAAAAGACUGAAAAAAAGUUGGUCAAUAGACUAGACUAGACUUAGAUUAUCUAACAAUUGUUAAUAAAAACUUGUUAUAAAAAAAUAUUUAGUCGGGAAUUGCUACGUAAUCACUUUACCGAAAAACUUGAUUUACUUGAAUUACUUUAUACAUUUUACUUAUAUUUCAUCACUUCAUUAAUCUAAAUUCACUCCUAAAUAAUACAACGCUUGAGCCCCAAUGGGAAGAUUCUCUAUUUUAAAUAAUAAUUUAGGAUAAAAGCCCUCCCAAACCAGAACGUAAUGUAAAAGUAGAAAUCUAUUUCAAAAUUUGAAUGUGGGGUAGUAUGGCCAUAUAUGUACUGAAAGGGAAGAGGCUUUACCUUUAUCUGCUCAUGGAGAUAUACACAUCAGAAAAGGAUCUGUUUUUAUAGAGAUACAAGCAUUGUGUAGAAAAAAUAUAAAAUUUUGAUGCAAUUUAAAAUAAAAAAAUAAUUUUCUCAAUAUUCCAACUCGGCUAAGCCAUAAUUUUGAAUGUAUUAUUGCAAAUUCGUCUCAACCGAUCUGAAAGAAUUAGGCUAAAUGGGGUGGUUCCACUUAAAGCCUGUUAUCAGCAACCACUGAAUCCUUAUAACCCUAACUUAAAAAAGCUGCUGCAGGCAAAAAUUACAAUAUGGCGGUUUGCUCUAAAUUUGUAGUUUCAAAUAAGGAUGAACUUGCAAAAGAACCAUGCGCCAAAGCGACUCAUUCAACUAGUAGAGAAAUUUUUAAACCAGAAAAGUUGUUUAAUUAUUUUCAGAUACCUAAACGAUUUUAUUCAUCUCAGGUACUUUAUUACUUCAUACAGUACUAAAAACAAAAAAUACCAGAAAUAUUGACAUUAAUUACUAGAUGGAUAACUAUAACUAAAUUUAUACCAUUCUCAACAUAUUUUAAGACAACACAUAAUGGAGAAGAGUAUUGAGAAGUAGAAUGUUCUAGACAAAGACCAGCGUAUGUUUGCAUCCAAUUUAUCUGUUUAAUAUCUAAACACACUCAAUAAAAAAUACUGAUAUUAAAAAACCUCAAAUUCCCAAAUACCUAUGUUAAGCAUUUUUAGAAAAAUUUUGAAGACGAAAUUGAUGGCUUUGGCAAGGAAACUGUCAUGUAGAUCAAAAGUGUUUAAUCCUACGAAAUAUUGUAAGAAUAAAAUUCUAAGAAAAUGUAAAUUUUAUUGAAGAAUCAUCUAAUUUUUUCAUUUAAAUUAAGAAGACAUCAAUUGCAAAAACUUUAUAAUCCAAAGUACAAAAAUAUGACACAAAUUCUUUCCUUUCAUAGUGACUCAUUUCAUAUAGAAGUUAUCUCAAUUAUCACUUUGUACUAUUCAUACUACUUUGCUUCUAUUUUAAAAUGUAUUAAAAUACUUUUGAAACUCGAGCUUCAAGUGUACGUGUUCAUUUGGAUUUUGAAAGAGAUAGAAAUACAAUGGACUUAUCUGCAUGUGUACUACAAGUUUUAACCCGUAAAAAAGCAGGGUAACAAGUUUAAUACAUUUUUAAAAACCUUUUCUAAUCUCUUUUAAAGCACAUGUUUCAAAAACAGACUUGUACACACUAUAACGCAUACUAUAAUUACUACAAUUAUGCUAAUUAUAGAAUGUUUAUUUACAUUUAAUAUUAUAUCAAAAAUAAUAUUUAGUAAUGUUUGUGGAAAUCUACAUUUAGUGAUAAAAAAAUUUUGAAUUUUGAAACCGAAAAUCGAAUAAAGAUGAAUAGGCAAUUUUAUUAUAGAGAAAAAUAGUUUGUAUAAGUUUGCAUACAGUUUGCCAAUUUUUCUCAGCAUCAAGAAAUUAAUUGAUACAUGAUAUGUACUUCAACAACAGCUGCAAUCAAGUACUACCCUCUCACAAAAGUAUAUUAUUAUUGUUCAUAUUUAUUUAUAAGUUUUUUAGAUCUCUCAUCUUCGCGAAGGAUAUUUGGUCCCGAAUUAACAUCUUCAGAUAUGAAAUUUGCACUUAAGUCGUUGAGGUUCAGUUUUUUAUUGGAUAUGUAUCUGGGGUAUUAAAUGUAAAUUAAACCAUAUAUUUCUGUCAAAAUUUAAAUGUUCUUUUCUGGAUGGUCUGUUAGUAUAAAAUCGUUAAAAAACAUAUCAGUUUAGUCCAUAUAUUGUUCAGCUGGAUUAAAGAUGUGAAUCUGGAAGCACCAGUUUAUCUAUUCUUAAAGCUUUUUUUACUUUUGGAUAAUGUAUUCUAAUUGUGGGGGUAGUUCUGAAAACUACUAUGUAAUAUGUUCAAAAAAAGUUACUUUAUGCGAUUGGUAUCUACUCUUCCAGAAUAUUAACCAUAUUCGUAAUUUUUUACACUAUGAGUAAUUUGGAAUUACACGUUAAAAAUAAUCGAUAUUUCAGUAGUAACUGCUGUUGGAGAAAAAUUUUAUAGCACUUUUCAUCUUGUUUCACGGAUUAUAAGGAUCAAAAAGAUGGAUGAAAGAAAAUUUUUCAGAUAUACAUUAUGUUUCUUGUGUUUUGUGCCAAAAAUAUAUGGGACUAGGGAAUGCAUCAAUUUUCCUAUUAAAAUUCUUCAUAGUUUUGUCGACCAUGUAUGUCGAUCCGAUUCUUCUUUUCCAAUGUAAUUUUUUUCAAUACAAAUGAUGGUUUCAAUUUUGAGACAACCGUCGAGUGAAGGCUGCUCUAAAUGAUCGAUUGCACCUAUAAAGUAAACUCAGAUUUUCUUUAAAAUAAGCACAUUCAUAUGACAAAUAUGUGUAUUAGGUAAUAAAUUUUCUGAACAAUGGCUUAAUAAUCUCACCUAAAACCUAAAAUUAUAUAAGAACUGUUUUUAUGACAUUAUCUUCUGAUCACAUCAUUUCUAACGCAUAUUAUCGAAUGCCCCCCUUUAAUUUUUGAUUUAUCAUUUCUUUAGACAUUUAUUUCUUGAAAAUCAUUAUUAAAAAAAUUGAAGAGAAAUUACGGAUUUAGAUAUAGGAUAUAGAAAAUAAAUAUCAAGAAAAAAAUGAAUAAGAGAUGUCUAGAUGUCUCUAGUUUCAUUGCAAAAUCGAUUCUUUAUUUUUAUUAUCCCUUUUCCCAAUUUUUUCGAAUUGAGAAUACUUUUAAUAUUCAAAAUUAAUUCAUAUAUAAAAUUUCAUCAUUGAAUCGUUGAAAAAAUUUGGAUAAGUAAUAAAUACUAAAUAAAAAUGUUCUGUUAUAUCAAAAGAAAGGAAACUCUUUAGCAGCAACACUCUAAACAUAUCACAUGUAGGAUGCUUAAGGUAUAUAAAGAGAUGCUUUUAAUGGAACGAAGUUGAAAUCCGUUUGUUCAUUUAGAAGUUACAUCUACUUAAAAGACAUUGGAUUAUCCUCUAUGACUUUAUUUUGAUAAAUGAGUGUUAUAACAAAAAUUAUUCCAGUAAAGUUAUUUUAAACAAUAAAUAUUUUUGGUAACAUUUAGGAUUUUCAUGAACAGUAACAUCCAAAGGUUAUAGAUGGCCGUAAUGCUUUUUAACGACGAAUAUUUUCCACGUCUUUUGGUCACUUAGUGCAAAAAUGUCUUCACUGCAGGACUCUACGACUAAUAAUUUCUGAGCAACCGGCUAAAUACAAUGAAUGAAAAGAAAAAGAAUUUAAAAGAAAUUUCUGUAUAAAGGCAUCAUAAAUAUCAGUACGGUUCAAAUCAAACAAAAAAAACAUGGAUAGAAUAUUAAUAUUAUUUUCUGAAGGUUUUGAGAACAAGAGAGAAGCCCAGGGAUUUAAAAUGGUUAUCAAAAAGAGAAAAAUAUACAACCAACUAAAAAGAGCUUCCAUCCUCCAUUAUUCUACUUGUUAUUCUAUCUGAAAGAGUGAAAACCGAAGCCCAAAAAGGGGAAAAGAUAGUCUAGAGAAGAAUAAUAAUAAUUUUUACGAUAUGUCCAUACUAAAUCAUUUUCUGCUUGUUUUUUUAGUUCUUCUUUUCCAAUUAUUUUUGUCCUCACUUUUAUAUGCACCUCUCACAGACUUUUGAAGCAAUUAACUAGAUUCGAUUGAGGAUGCAAGGCAGUUAUUGUCUUGAUCAAAGAAAGUCAUUUGCUCUUCUAUCUUUUGUAAACCGAAUAUCUGUCAGUUCAUGGUCAGUAACGGUGAAUUAAAAUAACUUAUAUUCUUGGGAAAUAUCUCUCUAAUAACAUAGUUAAUUACACCGAUUUUCUCGAAGUGUAGUUCGCCAUGUAAUGUGAAGUUUAUUUUCGCUUUGUCAGCAUACAAGUAGUAAUCUCAUUCAUUAUUUGUUAUACUGUUAGUUACAACUAGUUUACUGGAAAAAAUUUUGUUUUUAAAACAUCAAAAUUGAACCACAAUAGUUGGAGAAGAACCCAAAACGUAUCGGUUUGCAGUCAUUCUUUUCAAUGUGGGGGGUCGUUGAUCGAACUUCAACUAUUUUAAAAAAUCGAUACAAGUUUAUUUUAUUCGCCUAUUAGAAGAUAAUGUUUAUCCAUUUUGUCAUUUCUGAUUUAAUUGUUAUUGUCUGGUGUAUGAAUGUAUCUAAAUAUAUCUUAACCUCAACAAAUCGUUAUUUAUUAAUAAGAAUAAAACUUAUAAUGUAAAAAGUAUAGGUUUUCAAAUAAAAUAUUGCAUACAAAAAUCGUUAAUUACAAUAUUACAUAUAAAAUGUUAAGAUCUAAAUUUAAUAUUGUUAAUAUCUCACAGCCAAUUAUGAAAACGUUUAAAUCUUUAUAUAAGAAUAAUCUCAUAGUUAAGAAGGAAUUACCAAGAUAAAAUUAUUAAAUCUCGCAUCAUUUUUGCCUACUUAAUAUCUGCUGAUGCUGGCAGUCUCAUCUAGAGCUCUAAACUACAAAUACAAGAUUAACUUGACCUUGUGCGUAAAUCAUCAAUAAAGUAGAUAGUUUAUGCUGAGGAUAAAUGAAUAUCGUUCUAAACUCAAAAAUCUUUAAGUGAACAUUUACCUACCAGUUGAAAUUGGAAAUAUUUUCUGUUCACUACCUACUAAUAUAACUCCAAUGUCGUGUUUUUUUCUCAAAUAAUGUUCCACAACAAUGAAAUCUUGUCUUUGUUUAAUAUUUUCUUAUAAAAUUAAUUAAAAAUGAUGUUUGACUAAGUGUUGAUUAGUGUAAUUUUAGUUACAUAUAGUAUACUGUUAAGUGUGUUCUAAUAUAGUUUUGGCAGCAAUUAUUUUACAUGUAAUCUAAAUCUAUUGUGCCAUAUAUAUGUUUUCUCAUUACAUAUAAAAUAUAUGUAUCUAAGUAGAUAAGAAUAAUUGAUUUAAUAAAAAUUUGUAUUGAGCCUAAUAUAUAAAUAUCUAUGCUGGAAACAGGUGCCCAAUAUGGCUCGUGUCCGAAAGAAUUAGACAUUUCUCGAUUUGUCCUUACUAGACUAGACUUGGCAGGUGCCGUGACUCUUAUUUCACUAAUCCCACACAAUCCAAUUUUGUAACGUCACAAAUUACAUUGUCAAGAAAAAUGGUCAUUUUAAAUCCAAUUUAGACUAAUUCGGAAUUUCUUUCAAACUUAAGAACCUAAACACAUUCUAUUCACCUAAUAAAAUGAGGCUUACAUUAUUUAUUGUUAUGUUGCUUGCUUACAUUUUAUUAUAAAGUGAGGUAAUUUCGGGUAAUUCGUGACGUCAGAAGACAGUUUGAUAUUUUUCUUUAGGUAGACCAUCCUACUGGUGCAUUCCAAUAAGCGUUCACGGUGCCUAAAUUACUCUUUUGAACGUUCCACAUAGCAACUACAAUCGUUGUGCUCGUGGUGAGAACGUCACUCAUAACGUCAUGACUAACGUUCACGGCGACCCUUAUCAAAAAGUGGGUCGAGGUGAGCGUAAGAAGAAUUAGCGGAAUUUUCAAAUUUCAAGCAACACACAUUGCAACCAUGAUAAUAUAUCUCAUUAUUUGAUGCGAUAUAGGAUAUAGAAGUACUUUUGAAGCAUUCCUGUGACGCACCACCACGUAUCGACGCAAAAUAUAUUUUGAUUUUACUUUAAUGUAAAUCAGUUGAACUCUUCAUUAAAAAAAUGAAAUAACUCACAAAUUAUAACAUAACGUUUUAAGUUAUUGCUUUAUAUUUUCUGUUUUACCAUUCGUUAAUUUUAAUCUCAACGCACAAAACGCCUCAUAAGUCAUUCCCCUUGGGUUUACGAUUAUAACUCUCUGGACUAAGUGGAACGUGAACAUUAUUUUCGUGAGUGCUUAGUGGAAUGCACCCUAUGCUUUAUGGAAGAGUCCUUGUGAUUGCUGCUUUUGUUGGCUUCGUUAUCAUUACUAAAUAAUUCUUUAUGGAAUUGAUAAAGUAAUGUGUCUUUUGUAUUUUCGUCAACAGUUGCCUGAAGAAGAAAUAUUUUUUAAUCUUGUAGUUUCAAGAGGAAAAAUUGAAACCAUAGUCAAACCAUUGAUAAGUCGAGUAGCAAACAUAACCUCGUAUGGAAUACGUUGAAUGCCCCUGUAGUCAAUCGGUCCUUCUAUAACUGCACAAAUCGUAAGACCUCUGACCAUUUGAAUAACUGAGUUUCCUGCAUCCUUUGCUUUCUCGAUAGCUCUUUGGCUUUGUGUGUGGCGUGGUUUACCGUGUAUUAUUGGAGCAUGAAACAUAUCAAAAAAAUUAUAGAUCAUUUUAUUAACAAACUUUCUGCUUUUGUCGCUAUUCAAUAGACAAAAUAAUAGUAACACAAAAAAUGUUCAUAAGAUGAUGAGCAACUUUUGGGCUCGUUUAGUUUUUAGAACUCCAAGAAAUACAAAUUUUGCUAAAUAGUUUUGAUUCAUUAUCCUUUGAUCCGAUCCUUUGAUAUCUUUUUUAGUUUGCACAUAUCACAUAAUUUCAAAUAUUUCUGGAUAAAUCACAGUACUUUUUAACAUACCAAAUCAUUUCUUCCGAGUAUUUCUCCGAGCUCUUUUUAAAAUUUCAUGAACAUCACUAACUUAGAAUUAAUACCUUAAUGAACCAAGAUCAUGGAUCUUAUGUUUCGGUAUAAGUUUUUGUUUUCCCUAUCUUUAUAAUUUCGAAUUUACUUAGGUUUCGACAAUCUUGGUUACUUAGUUUUUCGCAUUUUACCUCCAUUUGAAAUAAUACUGCUCAGUAUUUAUGGCAGUGGUGAAAUUAUUAUUACUAAUUUUUUCGAUCAACGAUAUGAAAUACCCAAAAAUACUUACAAAUUUUGUAUUUACGAUACAAACCCCAAUAAUACACAAACCGCACUUUACAAAACCAAUUUGAGUUUUUAUCUAUUUAUCGAUCAAAUGUGCAUAUGGCGAAGUAGCUGAAUUGGGUUGGUCAGAUACCGAAUCACUUACUUGUUCGGCAUCAUUCUGGCAAGUGGCAAGUAGUAUAGACAAAUCGCCAUAUUUCGAACAAAAGCCGAAUUCGGCUUCCGCCUCCAACAUAUAUAAAGGGUGGGGCAAAAGGGGCGUAACAACGAAUUUGUGACUUAAUUAUAAUUUAUAAUUUUUACAAUUUUCUUGAGUAGAUAUGAUACUUCCGAAUUUACUGAUAUCAGGUUUAGUCGGUCUCAGACUUACGAAUUACACUUAAGUACAUCAAAUACAAUUGUAAGUACUUAUAAUAAUAUCCUAAGUAAUUAUCACAUUGUAUAGAAAAAUGUUUAUUUAUUUUAACGUUUUUGUCAUAGAAACAAACAUUCCAAUAAAUUUGAAACAAGAUAUUUGGAUUCAAUACAGAUUAAUAAUGUCGGCAUUCAGUAAAGGUGAAAAAAUUACUUUAUUUUAUGCUAGUUGUAGAAGUAGAAAGAGAUUAUUACAAGAAGCUGUCGAUUUGUUUAUUGUACAUAUAUCGACAGAAUUUCUCAUAUUUCAAGUCUAAAAUAUUCCCCGUUGAAGGCAACAAAGAAUAGCCAUCAAAAAGAAAAUGGACUCAUGUAAUUCCAAGUGUACAGGAAGAAGCAAUUAUGAAUGAAAUUGAUGAUUGAACUUUUAAAUCGACAUGAUUGCGGGAUAAUAAACUACGAUGGAUGGAAGAAUGUCUUAGACAAUAUUUACAAAUGAUGAAUAUUAAUUGAAUCCUUUUUUAUGAGAAACGAAUUAAAUGGUUAUAGCUUAAUUCAUUAGCUUUCUAAUCGCAUCAAUCAUUCACAGUUAUCAGAAGAAAUUUGCUUUAAGCAACACGGUGCUCUACCUGAUUAGGCUGCUAGGGUUAGAUAAUACCUGAACAUUGUAUUUCCGCAGAGAUGAGUGAGCCGAAGAAAAUAUAUUGAGUGACCUGCAAGGUCACCCGAUUCAUCUCAACUGGAUUUUUUUUAUUAUAUUCGAAGUCUAUAGUUUAAUAAGAAUUACCUAAAACUUGACGAAUUAAUGAGGUACCUGCUAUUACUAAAUUCUAGAUUAUAUCUACUCAAAAACAUAAAUAAAAUCAAAAUAUUAUCCAUUGAAGUCAUAUCUCCUAAUUGUGACAAAAGAAGAUCUGCAAAAGUCAUAAUUAAGCCACACAUUCAGUGUUUUCUCAUUUUCCUGGUAUUUUCACUAGACAGUUUCAUAUAACCUUAGAAAUUAAGUAUAUGCCGAAGAUAAAAUGAAACUCUUCCAAAAAUUUUAUCAAGUUCAUAUAUACACUUGAUAAUAGAUUGCCUUGUUAAGCAUAAAGCCGCCGCUGAAAAUGCCAUAUCGUGUAUUUCAAUAAAUAUGUUAUUUAAUUCCAAUACAUAAUUAAUAACACAAUUAAAAUACAAUUAUUAAGGUGAUGUUAUGCACCCAGACAAAAGAACGCAGACCAAUACGGGAGAUCUAAAAUCUGGUCCUUAGGCUUUGUAAGUGGGUGAAACCUGUGUGGAAAAUAUAGACGUAAGAUGGUCUCCAACCUGGACUGGUAAUGUCGCGUUCCUCGCUCGCACGUAGAGAAAUGUCAAAAAUUACAUUAUUUUCUGAUAAAGAUACAAAUAAAUCCAUUGAAAUGAUCAAGACAGUUCCAGAAGAUAAUGACAAUUCGCACAGAGCUUUAUAAUUAGAUAUAGAUACUGAAUUUGCCGAUAUUUUGAUUAAGUUUGUAAGGGAUGUUGUGCCAACACCAGGAACUUCGAAAACAGGUAUACAAGAAAGGCGUGCUCCAGACAAACAAGUAAAAAGUAAUGCCAAAUAAAAAAAAACAGAUUUUCAUUUUCUAAAAUUUCUGAAAGAAAGACAAGGAAGCACACAAAUUCAGCUACAAGCUUUGAGAAGUAGCCAAGAGUCAGCCGAAAAGAAACCAUCAUUUUCCGAAAAUGUUGAAAUGUCAUUUUCAAAAUGUUGAAGAGCAAUAAGCUCUCUUUCCAACACAAAGUCCUGUUCUUUAUCAAGCACCUCAUCACCAAUCCCUGAAAGCUAAACCCAGAAGGAUUUGAUUGAUUUAUAAUAUCGACAAUACCUAUGAGGAAACUUCAAAUGAACCAUUUAAAGGAUCAUUUAACGAUUCUUCAUGAACAUUUCACCAUUUAUCUGAAAUUGUUAUAAAUAAUUAACAAUAUUGUAUAUGUUUAGACCUAGCAACCCUGAUGUUGAAGGCUACUGAUAGGUAACCAAUUUUUGUUUAUUGUAUACCUAUAUUGAAAAAAUGGAUAAUAGCAAUUUGUAUGAAAAAUUAAUUACAAUAAAUUUACGCACAAAUAAUUACGGCUCAUUUAUGUUAGGCAACGCAUCGCUAUUACUUUGCAUACACUCUAAACAUUCCUUCAAACUUAUUUCAACCAAAAAGAAAACAAAUAUCUGCAGGAAGGACCAAAAAUUUUUUUUCGGAUGAGAAAUGCACAUUAUGGAUUUCAAUUAUUAAAAUGUUAUUAAUAGAUAUAUUCACAUUCCCAGAAAUAACAAUUGCAGCAAAAUAAAUGAUUAAAUAAUGACAUGACAGUAAUUACAGGAAAUAAAAUCGUAAUCUAUAUUAUUAGAACUGUUAGGUAUUAGUUUGGGCCCCCAAUAUAAAGCACUGAAUAUUCAAUCUAAUCAAACAUCUAAUGAAACAAACAAUAAAUGUUACAAUCCAAAAUGUUGAACCAAAUUAGAAGUUGAUUCUUGAGUAAUGGUGAAAUGAAAGCUAAGGUAUCAAUAAUACUUCCAACCUCAAAAAAUAGAAGCGUUAAACCUUUAUUGUCUCAUUUAUAAAAGAUUAAAUUUAAUAUGUCGAAAACGUAAAAUGAAAGCAGCAAUUUUAAUUUUGUGUUCUUUUUCAUGUCUUGAUAUUACUUAUUCCACAAAUGGAAUCAACAACAUCUAAAAAUAAAGAGUCAAACGACAAUUACAAUUUUGUACAAACAACUUGUAAGCAAAAAAUACGAAUUAUUGGUUGUGAAGUUUUACUCGAAAUCUGGCGCCCCCCACCUGUUUAACGCUGCGACCCUCUUUUUAGGUUGAGAAUAUGACGACCACCUUCUAGUAAUUUCGUUAAGUAGCUUCCUAGCAUUAUUUAAUCGUUCUAAAACAUGUUACAAUAGUAAAAAAUACCAUUUUUCAAAACUAUAAACAAAACGUUGAUAAGCAAUAAUUUAUUAAUAAUUAAUAAAAGAAAUUGAAAAUGAACAUUUUCAACUUAAAUAAGAAAUAAAAGAGUAUUUCUCAAGUAUUGGUGGCUCAUCCAUUGACAAAUUUCUCCUGGGGAUCGUGACCCACCGGUUGAGAACUUGUGUUAUAUCUGGGACAGGAAGUCGUGAAGAAGUGAAUCUUUUGUCGGUGAUUUUUGAAACAUCCUCGUAAAACUUUUUGCCUUAAUUUUUUAACAAAUUUUACUUGAAGAAUUUUCGAAUCUGAGUGUUCUUUCUGAACUUGAGCUAUGUAAUACUUGAAAGUAUCAUUCUUUGUUUUUAAUUUGACCAGAACAAAUCGUUCGUUUACAUUUUUAUCGUUUAAAUAUUCAUCAGUAUUUUCUUUAACAAUAUCUACUAUAGUUUCAAAUUCACUCUCAUAAUCAUCAAAUAUGAAAUAUUAAAGAUACAAAAUUGGACAUAGUAAUCAUUGUAAAUUAAUAGGAAAAAAUAUGAAUUUUUAAAAUUUUAUUCACAUAUUUCUAUUCAAUUCUAACACUUGAAUUAAGAUUUUUCGUUUCGUGAUUGAUUAGUUAGACUAUUACAUCCAAUUUGUAAAUUUCAUUUUUUCAUUGUCAUUGCACCUAUGAAUAUGUAUGAAAGGCGCAGUUUUCCUUAUCGCGAAACAACACUCAGAAUCAAGAAUUAAUAAAGCGUUAAGAAAUAUGUCAAUGAAAUUAAAAAAAAUAUUUUCAUAUUGUCUAUUAAACUACAGCUCUCACUCUAACUUUUUUAGGAAUAUUUUCUGCAAAUUACAUUUUGUUACUUUGAUUAGAAGUACCACAUAAAUAAACAAAUUUUAAAAAUGUUCAACAAUUUUCGUAGAAUUCAGGAUUGAAAUCUACUUAUAUAAAGUUGUAGGGAAAAAAAUUGUAAGAUUAUAUUCAAAAAUAUUAAUUCACAUAGAAAAUUCAGUUUUGUUCGUUUCUACAAAUUUUUGUGUGGGAAAAAAUUUUAUUGAUACAAAUGGAUUUAAUUACAUAUUUGAAGAUAUUUUUAGUUCUUUUUGUCGUUAUCAAUAUUGUUUAAUAUAAAUAUACUUUAUAUAUAAAGUAUUUGUUGAUUUGAUGAUUGCGUUUCAAACCUUAGAAGAUGUAGAUCUUACUAUUUAAAAAAAAUGGGAAAUGCAAUAUUGAGAUAUUAAUUAUGAAUUGGAAUAUGUAUUACACUAUAGUGAAACAACUUCGGCAGCUUAAUGCAACUACUUCAUAACGAUUAGUUCGUAAUUAUUUGUAAUUGAAGGGGAAGUUACUUAAUUUUUAAUCUCGAUUUUUAGCUACAGAAUUACCUAUCAAAAAAUGUAGCGAAAUCAUUUUCAAUUGUUUGUAAAUUAUUAUAUCAAUAUGUUCAAAAUUAUACACAGAAAUCGAAUAAAUAUUAUUAAAAU